UACGGCGUCAGCGUUUGGACUGGCUCAAACCUCAAGGCGUGGACUAAAAAAAAUUGCAUCUGAACGCCGCUGACUGGCAGGAUUACUCCGUCUUGCUGUUUUACUGUGGAUAAUUACAAGACGGCACAUUUUAAAACGAUAGUCAUGGCCGUUUGUUUCCAAAAAGGGCGGACGACUCACGUUAUGCCUUCUUAUAUCUAACGGUAGCUAAAGUUCAUGCUAGCUUGCUAGUAGUUGAAGCUAUGUAGCUAACAUUAGCCGAUCGAAUCUAAACAAGAAGCUGUUAAGGUUAAUUGCUACAAAGUUAAACGUAAAUUUACCAGACAAAGCCAGCGAGAUUUAAAGGAGUAAACGCGGAAAACGGACAGGUUGGUGCCAUCAGACACCGAGCGGUAACGUUAAAACACAUCCCACCUGUUGAUGGUAGUUUUGUGUUGCUAUGCUAGCAUAAUAAGCUGUCGUCAAUAAAUAGUACUCCAUCACCGUUAGCUUUCUAUAACCCCUUACAGGCCAAUGUUUGCUAAUGUCAGUACGCUGAAAUGCUGUUUGGGACCUACUUUUCUUUCUUAUUCACCUCUAUUUGAUAAUGUUGCAUAUGAAUAAAGGGCCCACUGAGAUGUGUGGUUCGCUUCAGGUACUAGCUGAAACUGUUGUUUUUACUUGGCAGGCAGUCACACAACAACGCACCUGUCAACAACAGACGGUCCAUUUUAAUCCAAUCUGUGCCAUCUAGAGCGGGCCGGGGAGGCUCGUAAAUUAUACCGCUAUAAUAAGCCCUUGAAAACACGUGUCUGUUUGUAUAUUAGCUGUCACUAGUUAGCUUGUGACCCUACUGCAUAGGUUUUCUCAGCUAAUAGCGUUACCAGGAGCCUCCGGAGACAGUCAGACAUAGGCAUGAUGAAGUAGAAGAUGUGAAUGAUGAUGAUGAUGAUGAUGACAACAGAGAUGAUGGGGAUAUAAUGUAACCUAUGUGGUGAAUGUUAAGAUAUUUGAUACUACUGUAGAUCCAGGCAUAUUUUCCUUUAGACCGGAUUUGGUAUGGUGUGUAUUAGUCUAAUUAUGUAUUUAAUGUGUAUAAGUAGUGCGUAAUGAUUAAUCAUAUAAUUAAAUCACCUUUUUUUCAUCAAAAACAUUUGACAAAAAUGCCACAGAAAUUGUGAAGUAAAUUAGUUUGAAUGAACAGUCUUCAUUACUGUAUGCUUGUUAGUGUAUAUUUAUUGCUAAUGAUUUGAGAGGAGAAAAAACAUUACACAAGAGCCAUUUUUAUUGUUAAAGUCUGUAGUCUGCAUGUAAUGAACCAGGUAUCAUUCAACAAAGCUAUUUAACAACUAAAACACUGUUUUCAAAAACAGGUUUAGGUGUAGGACCUUUCUGUCUUGCUUGACCUACAAUUAUGCUCUUUUCUAUUUAUGGUGAUGCUGCUGUGUGUACUGGUGUUGCCAUAGAUACCCAUCAAGUGAUUCUAUUAUUGUCAGGGCUGAUGAAAGGGCCAGAUGACUGCACAACCUUUAUAUGUCCUUAACACAAAUAUUAAAGAGCGUACUGGCUCCUCUGUAUUAGUCUUGAAUUCUAUGUUUAUUCUUCAAACUACUUAAGGUUGUUUGAUCUCGUACCAACAACAACAAAUAAAAUCUGGAGGUGCUGGACUUUUUCAUUUUGCUUAUGUUUCAAACACAUGGGCUCUUGUCCAGAUAGAAAAUUUGGGGGCAAAUGUGUAUAAAUGUUUAAUGUAGGAUUUGCCUAAUAUAGAAAAACUAAAAAUCCUUACCCAUUAGGCUUGCAACAAAAAUUCCUACAUUAUGAUAGAUAAAUACAGUUGCUCACAAAAUAAUGUCAGAAUAAUUCUACAUUUCAUACAAUAUAUGGGAAAACUGUGCAGGAAUACAUACAAGAUAUAUAUGUGGUACAAUAUAUGUUUCAUAUGCAACACUAUAUCUACAAUAAAAAGAAUAAAGAUAUCAGAUGAGAACACCUGAACACUUUCUUUUUACCUUACUUUUUCUGUAUUCUUUGAACAUGUGUGUACAUGUGCAUCUUAUUGCGGUCAGAAAUAAUAAUCUGGCUCUUUCAUAAGUCACCAGGGCAGACGGGGGCAGGCUAGUAUCUUGUAUGUAGCAGCAGUGGUGUGGAAUAGUGAUAUCAUUCAUCAUUCAGCCUCAUGGAAAAUUCCAUCUCAUGUGUAUUGUCGCUUAGUGACCAAGACACACAAUACGGAAAAGCUGAGAGAAACCAGUUGGCCUAGCUUCUUAUUACUGUUUUGGAUGAAUUUUGAGAAUCAUCUGGGUUGCCCAGUAGAAAUGUUGAGGUCUGUGUACCAGGGGACUAAUGUAAGUCUGGUAAAUCAGCAUUUCUUCUCUAAGUGACAACAACAUGGAAUCUGAAAGCAUAAAUGACCCAUAUGAAGACAACCGGGAUGUUGAUCAAAGAUCCUCGAGUACAAAGAAAGCUUCCCGAGAAUCAUCCUUCCAAAAACGCAAAAAGAACUUCCGGGACAAGAUCCAGGAUAAGGAUGAAAAAGACGGCUGUGUUGAGAGUAGAUCGAAAACUCGAAUCUGGCAUUCAGAUCCAGAUCGGGACCAGAUAUCCGAUGGAGAGGGACGGAGAAGUAGUAGGUCGUUUUACUCUGAGGACUAUGAGAAUGAGUCUCCUUCAGAGGGCUCACUCUCACCAUACUCCCAGUCCCGGACUUCAUCGCCUACUCCUCAAAGAGGAGUGCGGGCAAGGAGGAUUUCUAGUAGCCCCCUCUACAAGACAGGUGGUGUGGGGCGUCGGGGUGUGUCUCGCCCACUGCGUCCAGGUGGCCAACCCCUGACUCAGCAGCAUCGCAGGGGAGUACGUUCACAAAGCAAGGAGUCCACACCGCCUAAAGACCUGGAUCUGGUCACCAAGAGGAUGCUUUCAGCCCGCCUGCUAAAGAUCAAUGAAUUACGUAACGCACUUGCUGAGCUGCAACAGCGCACUGACGAGCUGCAGAAGGAGAAUCGAAUUCUCAGACAGCUUCAGGUACGUCAAGAGAAAGCCCUGCAGCGCUACGAUGACACAGAAAGCGAGAUUUCCCAGCUACUGUUGCGCCACACCAACGAGACCCACGUGCUGCGUGAGCGGCUCAGGCGUACUCAAGAGCGGGAAAGGGCAGCCGAGCGGCGGUUGAAGGACAGCGAGGAGCAGCUGCAAAGGAGUCAGGCGACCAUCGCACGGCUGAAGAAGCUGGUCGACCAGCGAGAGUUAGGAGCCAGAGACGAGCUAAGCCGCAGGCUAGAGGAAGAAAAGGCACGGGCCCAAGAGGCAGAACGAAAGAUUAAGGAGCUGGAGCGUAGCAUGGAGCUGAGCAACAGCAGUUACCAGAGGCAGCUGGCUGCAGAGAGGAAGAAGACCAUCAGUGCCCAGGAUGAGAUCAGGACUCUACAGGAGGAGCUGGAGCGACUGACCAAUAAACUCAAGGAGAAGGAGAGAGAACUAGAUGCCAAGAACAUCUAUUCCAACCGCAUGAUGAAACCCUCACAAAGAAAAGAUAUUGACAAUGGCACAAAGCGGAAGGUCCCCAGCAGGAACAGCACCAAGGCAGUGCAGACUAAAGACAGGCUGUCUAGUCCGGAUUUCCCCACACCUCCCCCUGCCGUCACCGAUGCCAAUGAGUACAGUGAAGAGGCACCUGACGAAUACCUAUCAUUCAAGGGGCUGGACAGAGUGGACAGACAGGCAGAGACUGAGGACAGACAUCAAAAGUGGGAACAGCAGAAGAUGAGAGACAGAGAAAAAGAAAGGGAUAAGGAGUUGGUGAAGGAGAAAGAGCAGGAGAAAGAGGAGAAACAGCAACUCAACCAGGAGCUAAAUGUGCUAAAGGAGAAGACAAAGAGACUAAGAGAUGGCUGGGAGAAAGAAAAAGAGGAAGAAGACAGAAAGAGGACAAGUUCCUUGUUAAACCAGGAAGAAGAGAAUAACAGGAAGUGUGGCCAUGUCCAGGAAGAGGUGGAGAGGUGGAAUCAGGAGGCUCUGGCCAAUCGGCAAGCAGCAGAGGAAGCACGUCGCAAAAAAGAACAGCUGCUAGCUAAGAUGCGUGAAAUAGACCGUCACAACCACGGAGCCCAGGACACCAUGUUUGCUGAGUCUAGUCCUUCUGAAUCCAAUAAGGGUGCCAGUGACCAUUCUUCUCCUCGUCCUCCUGAGCAGAGGGACCAUAACUCUUCAAUUUUUAAGCUCACCAAAUCAGAGGAUUCAGUCAGUGUGCGCACUGAUGCUGGAAGCAGGGAAGGUGGAAGGAGAAGAUCAGGCAACGAGGGUGGAGCUGUUACAACAGGACUGGGGAGGAGAGCACCACGGUCCCAAAUCUCCGGUGACGACUUGGCAUUCGGAAGCUACGCACCUUCUUUUGGAAAUUCAGCUUCCCGAGGUUCUUCAGGCUUCCCUCCACCUCCUCCCAUAGAGGAUGGGGACUCUGCAUUAGAAGCAAUAGGUGUUUUUAGUCUCAGAGGGGUGGAGAUGGAGAAAGAAAAGGAAACAGAAAGAGGAGUGGGGAAUGACAGGAAGUCUAGCCUCAUGCAGCAGCUGUUUGGUGCCCUGGCAACACCUGCUGGUGACGGUGUGAGCACCUCCAAUAAAAUGGAGGUCCUCAACAGUCCUCCAACUACCAAUGGAGUACGUUCAAGAAGGGAAGGACUGCUCAGCUUCAACUCAGGGUCUUUCACCCCUCCAGCAUCCUCCAUCAACACCCUGCACAUUGCAGAUAGCAGACCUGCCAUCCGUGCCAUCACCUCAUUUGAUGAUGACAUAGAGGAACUUACUUUAUGAAAUUAAUUUAGAUUUGAAGUGGUCAGUCUCAUAGCAGGCCGCCACACUGUGAGGUGAUUUCCAUAAUAUAAAAGAUUGAGUGAUAAACAUGGUCUGUGAUAAAUUCAGUCUGAACACUAUUCAUUUCCCAAUACAAAUGUCAACAUUAUCAACAGAAGUUUCUGCAAAGAAUCUAAAAUACUGUAUGAUAAAUCAUGUGUUACUGUCUUUAAUGUUUCAUUAUGUAGAAUAUUUGUAAUUUAAUGUGAUCUUUGAACAUUUAGGUGCAUGUGUGUAGACACAUGGAUGACAAAGAUAGUUGUCGCAGUGUUGCUGAAACUGGUAAUAUAGGACUCUUUGAUUUGGUUUAAUGCUAGCUGAACUUACCGUGUAAGUGUUGUGUAAACUGUGGCUUUUAACUUCUUGCACUUGUUAAAUUUGAAGAGGUUCCUCAGGUUGCAUUCCACCUUCUCUGGUAGAACAUGACUGGUCGAUAGCAGAACACAACACACACCAUCCCUGCCCCUAGAAUAUUUCUCCAAUAAACAAGCGCAAACGGUCACGAUGAAACAGAUUUUGGCUACAAAUCACAUCUCUUUGCGUUUCGCAUUUUAGCGCUUUGCCAUAUUAUUUAGUAAUAAUACUUUGUGGUUGCUGUUAUUAUUGAUUGGUUUGGGAUCCUACAUUUCUUUGUGCAUCUGUAGUUGGACAAAGUUUAUUCCAACAAGUUUGGGCACAGUAAUGUUUGAGUUAUUUUAGAGUCCAUGCCAUAAGAAUAUACCACUAAGCAAUAUGACAAUCACAGUAUGUUUAGACUGCUAGCUGAAUGUUCAACAAUUAUAUAAUUAUAUAUCUAUAUAACAGGUUAUUUUUAAAACUUUUAUUAUAAAACUUGAUAAAAAUGGCAAUUUUCUGCAGGUUUAUAACAACCAAUAUUAUAUUGAUAAGAUACCAAUUAAGGAAGUUACAAGGAAAAUGUCAUUGACCCUAUAGAAACAUGCCAAUGCCCUACAAAUGAUGGAAAAUAGUUAAUAUAAACUCAAUGAAAGCUGGUGUAAUUGUGUGUGAAAUUAAAUCAGUCUAGUGUGUAUUGUGUUUUAACCUAUCUUAUUCAUUCCAUGGCUUUAACAAACACCUAACUCACACGCACACACACAUACAGACUCAAACAUGUUCCAAGACCCUUGUCCCCUUGUCCCCCGUCUCCUGAUGGCAGCAGACAAUCAGCACUAAAACUAACUGCUGUAGAAGCUGCAAGCUAUAUUGAAGUGAAUAGACAAAAUGCUCUAUUUUUAUCUAUAUUUAUUUAUGUUGAGUUCUUAUAGACUUGCAUUCCAUGAUAAAAAUCACUACAGCUUCUUACAGCAACUCCUAAUGUGGCACAAGGCACAAGCUGUAAAAUUAAUACUUGUAUAUAUUUUUAGAUUUUUGAAGAGCUCUUUGUAUUUAUUCUGGCAGAAUAUAUUGUAGUAACUUUCUAGUGGAUGAAAUGUGUAACCAAUGAAAACUUUAUGGUUAAUCAGUCUGUAUUCGUGUUUCCAAUUUUUCACAUUUUGUACUUAUUGUCCAAUUGUAUUUUUCUUGAAUGAAAAUAAAUGAUAGUAAGAGUGAA